AGACCAGCAGGGCAACAACAGGCAAAAUGACAGCUGUGAGGUAUGAACAAGGGACCCAGCCAAGAGAAUCAUCUGGUGCUGCUGUCUGAGAGGAGGGAUGUCUUUGAGAGAAAUAUGCUGUUUUGAUUCACUUCUUCUAUCCAACAGCUGAAGAGGCCACAGUAAAGAUUGAUAAUGGUCGUGAUGAGCGUAAUGGACCAGACAGCUUUUCCAAUGCAACUAGGAGAAAAGUUACCCCAUUUGUGAUGUCAUUUGGAUUCAGAGUCUUUGGAGUUGUACUUAUCUUUGUGGACAUUAUAAUUGUGAUUCUGGAUCUGGCUGUCAGUGAGACAAAGAAGGGUACAGAGAUUCCUGAGUUUGUUUCCCUGGCAAUAGCACUCUUCUUUCUCAUCGAUGUUCUCCUGAGGGUGUUUGUUGAAGGCUUCAGGAACUAUUUCCAGUCCAGACUGAAUAUUUUGGAUGCAUGUAUAGUGGUGGGCACCCUGUUAAUAAAUUUGACGUACGCCUUCUUAGACCUUAAUGUAGCAGAGGAGAUACCAAGAAUGGUUAUUUUCCUCCGAAUUCUGAGAAUUGUCAUCUUGGUAAGAGUAUUUCUCCUGGCUUCACAAAAGCAGCAUCUGGAAACGGUGACCAGGAGAAUGGUCUCUGAAAACAAAAGACGUUAUAUGAAAGACGGCUUUGAUCUGGAUCUCACUUAUAUUACUGAUCGAAUUAUUGCAAUGUCAUUUCCAUCUUCUGGGAAGCAGUCUUUCUACAGGAAUCCCAUAAAGGAAGUUGCAAGAUUUUUGGACACCAAACAUCCAAACCACUAUAAAGUCUACAAUCUCUGCAGUGAGAAAGGCUAUGACCCCAAGUACUUUCACUACAGGGUGGAAAGGAUCUUCAUUGAUGACCAUAACGUCCCAACACUGCAGGACAUGCUGAAAUUCACUGCCAGUGUCCGUGAAUGGAUGAGUCAAGACGAGAAGAACAUCAUAGUAAUUCACUGUAAAGGAGGAAAAGGCAGAACUGGGACAAUGGUCUGUACCUGGCUCAUAGACAGUGACCAGUUUGAGAGCGCAAAGGAAAGUUUGGACUACUUUGGGGAGAGAAGAACUGAUAGAAGCACGAGUACCAAGUUUCAAGGAGUUGAAACUCCCUCACAGAGUAGGUAUGUUGGGUAUUAUGAGAUCCUGAAAAACAAGUAUAACUUGAAGCUCCCACCAGAGAGACAACUCAAAAUAAAAAACCUCAAAAUCCACAAUGUACAUGGAAUUGGGAAAGGCAAUGGAACUGAUUUGAAGGUGCAGAUAAUAAUAAGGAAGCAAGUUGUACUACAGUGUGUAUGUGCCAAUCAAAAAAACUGCAAGCUCUUCUUUGAUUCUGAAAGUGACUCUGUAGUCAUUGGCUUGGAAGACUGCCCUGUCCUAAGCGGUGAUGUGAAAGUCAGAUUUGAAUGCAAUUCUGCUCUCCCAAAAGGCUAUGAUGACUGCCCGUUCUUUUUCUGGUUCAACACUUCCUUUAUUGAAAAUAACAGACUCUACCUUACCAGGAAUGAGCUGGAUAAUCCUCACAAAUCUAAAACAUGGAAAGUCUAUAGUGAGACAUUUGCUGUGGAAGUGAACUUUAUUGAUCCAUAGGGGAAGACUGAAAGAAGGGAAACAUGUAAAAUUAAUCUCUUUCCUGGAGAAUGUCUUGCUGUUUCAGCAAAAGUGAAGCAGUGUUAUUUGUAUGUACUUAAUGUAUUUCUAUGUAGAUACAACUUCUCAAAUAAAGUUACAUCAAGUUCUGUUGUGCAGGGCAAAAAGACUCUGAAGAGUUACUUAAUUCACAGGCUGUUGAAUUCUUGGAGUUUAGAUAUCUCUGCAUACAGCUAAUUCCUGUUUGAGUAAUCUAAGACAAUUACCUGUCUCGAAGUAUGAGCAUUAAUCAUGAUGGUGGAUGAAGACCAGCAGUCUGUGUGAGACUGGAAAAACCUGACAUGACUCUCUCAGCAUUGAGGUUUUCCACAGAUCAGUAGAAUAUGGGAAUUUUGAGGGAGAAAUAUUUAUCUCCCUCUGUUGGGUUGUUUCUUCUUGAGCAGAAGCCUUGGUAUUGAACUGCUCUUUAUCAGUAACCAGUGAUGUAGGUCUUUGAGCAACACCUGGCCUGGGAGCUGCUUGUGGAGGUUGGAGACUGCACAGCUGUGUUUCUACUGCUUUACCUCCCUACAAAGGGCUGCAAUGGCCAGUUGCCCUAAGGCUUAAGUCUGGUUCUCAUCAGCUCCUGAGCAUUCAAGCUGUCUGGAAUCAGCAUGGCUGCCUUAAUACCUGCAUUGAGGGGGUUGAUCCGUGAACAAAUGGUGCAAAUGCUUACUGGCUCCUCUUGAGUUGUACUAAGACCUGUAAUGCACAAACUUCCAGGAUGCUUAUUCUGCUUCCAACUAUUCUCAGCAGAGCAGCUCUUCUGUGGACACUGUGCCUUCAUUUGUGUGGAAUGUGUUGAGGUGUUAGCUUCUUGGGUCUGCUGCUUCAUUAAUCUUUUUGUUGUUGGGAACCAAAAAGUGGAAGUGUUAUAGCUUUUCAGUUAAUGAAAUAAGCCCAGGUUAUAUAAUAAGCAGAGGUCAUAUACCUCCCCUGUGCUUACUUGAAGGUAGUUAUGUACUAUGAAGUACACCAUGUGUGGACUCAACUUCUGCUAUUGCUAUGUAUUUACCUCAGUGCCCAUGUGAAUGUGGCUAGGGGCUAAAAAAGGAUGCCCUUUUAUUGCAGCUACAAGUGGCUGAUUCCCAAGUUCGUUUUGGCUUAGCUCAGGCUAUUGGAUAUUUCUGUCCUAGGAUGCCCUUUUGUAUAGUUGGCAGGGUGACCCAUCUUCCUGCUAAGGGAGUAAGCCAGUUCCCUCAGAUAGCAGCAGCAGAGGCUGUAACAGCAAGUCACAUUUUUCUAGCUGAAGCACAUGCAUUUAACUAAAAACUAAUGUGUAAGCAGGAAUGAGGAACAAAAUAGCUGUACAAGGGAUAUACUAUGUUUCUCUUGGAGAUCCAGGCACCACUGCUCAGAAGAGGGUAACAGUAGGCCCUGCCUCCCUGUUGUACUGACCUUCACAGAGUAGUGGGCAUUCAUCCCUUACCUAUGUGGAAUUUACAUGACCUGUUCUGGACUCCUGGACUUUCUGAUGGAAAACCUUAUAGCCUGUAUUGUGGUAAUCUAGAAAUCUGGAAUUUGAUGUGAACCCUAAUACUAGAACUGAUUUUGGUACUAACAAAACAGCAGGCCAAGUGCUGAAAUACGGGUUUCAUUUUCCAUAGAUGUAAAAUCAGCAGUUGCUUCAUAGCACCUUACUCUAGUUGGCCC